UUGAAAUUUGCAUCCAUGACUACGACGGAGUAAACCAUCCGAUCCGGGGCAUUCAUUGUCUUGUUGCCUGACUACGAGGGUUGUUGGUGCCUCCAUGAUUAUUUUCUGUUUGAUAGUACGUGAUUAACAUUAGAUUUCCUUCAUACAGUGCUAACAAGAUGUCGAAGACACUGUUUGAGACUCGAGUGAACGAGAAAAAGAGCUUUGGAAGCAUGAAGAAGACAGAUGAUGCAUUCACAACAAAAUCUUACAUGAAAAAGAGCGCCGAUCAGAAAAUGGGUUCACCCCCAGCAGCAGGUGCUUUUGUUAAGAAAGAUGCACCACCCACAGCAUUCAGAAAAUUCUAUGAACGUGGUGAUUUUCCCAUUGCUUUGGAACAUGACACAAAAGGAAAUAAAAUUGCGUGGAAGGUUGAGAUUGAAAAGCUAGAUUAUCAUCACUAUCUUCCUCUCUUUUUCGAUGGUCUGUGUGAAACAGCACACCCGUACGAGUUCUUUGCCAGACAGGGUGUUCAUGACAUGCUUGAGCAUGGUGGUUCCAAAAUCUUACCUGUAAUACCUCAGUUAAUUAUCCCAAUUAAAAAUGCGUUAAACAUGAGGAACCCACAGGUUAUGUGCACAACUCUCAAAGUCCUGCAACAUCUGGUGGUGUCAGCUGACAUGGUGGGAGAAGCACUUGUGCCUUACUACAGACAAAUUCUGCCAAUCCUCAACAUUUUCAAAAAUAGAAAUUUGAAUUCAGGAGAUGGAAUUGACUACAGCCAACAGAAAAGAGAGAACAUUGGAGAUCUAAUACAGGAAACAUUAGAAGCAUUCGAACGCCAUGGAGGAGAGGAUGCAUUUAUCAACAUCAAAUACAUGAUUCCAACAUACGAGUCAUGUAUGCUUAACUAACUUGUACUGUUAAAUUGUUUUUAUGAAUGUGAAUCAUGACUUUAAGCAGGAUAAUAAAAGAAAAAAACACUGGAAAAUACUUUCCUUGAGGAAGAAGAUUGGGAGGGUGGGGGUAAAACAUUAAAUCACCCAGAGCAGCAGACGAGAAGCUAGCAAGCAUUAUUUCAGACCUGCGAUUACAGAGGCAGUUCUUUCACUGUGGAUUUUUAUGAACAGAUAUGUAUAUAUAUAUUUGAAGUAAAUCUUUAAGAAUAAGAUCUGGAUAUUUGAUUUGGAUAAUUUGAUCAGGAUAUUUUGUAUGCUUGUCAUCACUUUUGGGCACAGACUUGAUUUUUACUCGUGACCACCGAUGUUUAAUAACCUUGUUUGAAGUAGAGCAAAAUCUUUCUCUUCUUUUUUGAUAAGAACUUGUGUCAUGUAAUUUUAAGCCAAAUGUAGAUGCAGUGAAAAGCCUUAUUUCAAAUAUAGUCAGUCAAGACUGGAAUUAAGUUUUCUACAAGGAUGUUGUAUAUAGUUUUUCAUCUGUUCAUCUGAGACCGUGUGUGAUGAUGAAAAGGAGGCUGUGAUAAAUCCAGAAUAUGUGUAUCUUCACUCAGUGAGACUGGUAUUUAAUUCUCAUCAUUCAUACAAAGGAACUAUCUCAGAUUUCAUAUUUAAUACUUUAAUGUGUCCACAGUAUAAAAUUCUGUAUAUACUUAACCAUAUUGUGAUAAAGCAUCAAUAAAUCUAUUUAUUCAUUGAA